CGACACAGUCCGGUCGGCUAGCGACUCUUCGGCGGAAAGGCGGCUUCACAAUGAGCGUGCGCACCCUCAUUACCAAGUAUGAGGCCGCCUCCGUCACGGAUCCCGACAUUCCGCCUCCCUCACCCGCUCGCUUCUUGCCUCGACGGACCAAUUCAAAUUCACCUUCGAUCAGCGCUCCCCCAUCUGAGCUUACGACCUCUGAAACCUUAAUUGACGACCUCUCACGACCACCAGACUCCGAGUCUGACGAAACAUCUCUUCUCAAACACACAUUUUCUCUACCUGCUUCCCGCACGGCCAUACCCUCUCACACCCCUGUACCCGCGACGACCGUGUUCAAGCGCAAUGCUCCACCGCUAUCCCUCCCGGCUCUCGACAAGCACCUCUCGAAGCUGCGGCCACCUCCCUUCCAUGCGUCUAAAACGCCGCCCGCGAUGUUCCCUCCGAUGCAGCUGUUGGCGAAAUCGGGUCUCACCCUCGAGGAUCUGGAGGAAAACUAUAAAGUUCCUCCGUGGUACAGAGAUAAGAACACAUUGCUAGGUGCUGUGGUGAGCGUUAUCAUGGGAAUUACGGGCUCCAGUGCGGUCUCCCUGUUCUACAGUCUACAAGGCUUGAACAAUACGGUUCAAGUCUUCGCUCUGAUCUUAUCUACCAUCGUACCUGUGGGGAGCGAUCUUGGAGGCAAAUGGCGCACCCUUUUCCUCGGCACCAUUCCCAAAAUUUUGGCUCUCAACUUCAUGUCUUCCCUCACCCAGGCCCUGAUCUUUCUAGUGCUGUUCUUCUGCGUCGCGAUGGUUCUGCUCUACUUUUUCCUUCGUGCUGCCGCCAAGUCGGAUCGGUAUCGGGUGGCAGAAGGACUGCAGCAAACGGGGGUAACCAGCACGCGCACAGGGCUGGUGGUGAUCACGUUCUUGAUUACUGUUCUGUACCUUCCUCUGAGCACAUUAGCUGUGCACGUGCUCGUGUGGUCGUCGGAUAUCUGGGUGGUUCCCAAUCCAUACACGAAUGCGACUACUUUCCCUCCCAUUGUUCCUCCGCUGGGCCCCUCCAACCGCUUUCGAGAUCCGUUGGAUUUUUGUUGGACCACGACAAUGUCGAAGGAUCAAAUCAACUACGCGCCGGUCCUCGUGAUCCUCUCCCUCUUCAUCAUCGGAACUCUAACGAUCUGGUUUCCUAUCGCCCUAAACCAGAUCAUCGAAAAUUCGGUGCCCAAAGUGGAUCCAUAUACGGAACUCGGCCGCUUGCGGAGCACGCAGGAACUCGAUACAGAGUAUCAUCGGCUCCUUUCGCGGGACCGGAACCCGUUUGCGUUCAUCUACAACGGAUUCCGGCGCAACUGGGCUUCAUAUGAAGCUGUCUAUCUCUUCGCCAAACUCAGCGCCUUGGUGACCGUCACUGUGAUGGAUUCAAACAAUUGCUUGUUCCGCAACCUUUCACGGACAGCCAUUCCCGUCGCACGACAGGUCAUCCUGCUGCUGCUGAUGGUGGGCUUCUUUCUCGCGCAGUGCAUCCUCGGUCCCUUCCUGGAUCCAGUCAACAACGCCAGCGAGUGGAUGUCACGCCUCAACUACGUGCUGACAGCUGCGUUGGCGCUUGCUAUCUCUCUAAAUGUGCACGGGCAGAAUAUACUCAACACUUACGUCCUUUACGCUAUCUAUGUCAUAACUUAUGGAUUCAGUUUCUAUUUUACCGUAAUCAACACAUUCAUAAUGCAGCAAUGUGUGAAAAUCGUCACUCGCAGACUAGAUUUCAGCAUUGACAUCUUCUCUCCCCGACUGGACAUUUCCUCUCAAUCUAUCCACACACGACGUCGAAUCUGGCAGGAAGCUAUCACGACGCUCUUCCUGACCAGCCCAGAAUGCCGCAUUCCUGCUUCCCAGCCGAUGCGUUUUGCUCAAGCACGCGAUUCUGAAUAUCCCCCGUAUCUGCUCAAUUUCCAAGGAACCCCUGCUGAACGACACGUGGAGAAUAUCAAGAUUCUCAGGGAAAUUGGAAUGAUGAACUACCGCAAAGGUGUUGCGCUGGUGACCGGACCGGAUUUUGAAUGGUUCAAAUACCUGCAAGCGGAGAUCCAGCAGAACCACGUCGGACCUGACUCGUUCUGGCGACCGCCUCAUCUACCAUCUGGUGUGACAAGCCCAUUUGGCAAUUCGUGGUGGAUUCCCUUUCCGCCGACGCUGGUGAUCCGAUACGACGACGGCCCGCUGGCUGUGCUCAGAGAUGUUUCGGAGUUGCAAGCUUACGUGGAGCAGAAUGCGUCGUCGUUUGUUUCCAGAAAACGCGAGGUCCGGAUGGCACUGAGGGCGUUGGAAGGGCUGGUAGUCUCGUGGCCCUACACUCAUGUCAAGCCUAUUGGUGGACAUACGAUGUUGUGUUGUUGCCAGCGCUACACGGCAGACAACUCUGUCCACUACGAAUCUGCCGUUCUUCGGAUCAAACGACGAGGUCAUCUGGAGUACGAAGGUCUCCAGCUGGGCAGCGGAUUCGAGUUGGAACUCAACUAUUCCAAACGAGUCAAAGUUGGUCGUGAUGUCAUUGGAUUGAACGACGACUAUGAGAUGACACCUGAUCUCGCGCGCUUCUUCUCCCUGAACCGGACAUUGAUCCCCAGUCGAGUGGGCUACAUCGACGAGACCAUUCACCGGUAUCGACUGUUCCACCAGAGGCAGUGCAAGGCCAAGCGCCACGAGCUGUCGUAUCGAUUCCUGCUGGACGUAUACGACCACCCUCGGGAGCUGGAUCGACUCUUGGAAUGCUCAAUGCGCGAACGGGAUCUCCGUGUCCGACAACUCGUUGCUGCCAAUCAUGCCGCGUUCGAAACAGCAUACACCCGGAUGCAAGCCAUCUCCGAGAGUCCUGUACGUACUUGGUGGUAUCUACUAUGGGACGACAUCUGGAGACGGAAUUAUGCCACCGUCCGCGGGCUGACUCUGCAUGCAUCCGACUUUGACCCACAUUACCCGACUUCGGUGGCUUACACGCCGCUAUCGCGGCCUGUUCUUGAAGCGUUCCUCACCCAACGAGGGCUGCUCUCUAAAAGCGCUGUCUUCACAUCGGGUUUUCUUAACAAGGUCUAUGUUCGUCUGAAUGACAUUGUAUUCCGGGGCUCUAAGCAGGCGAGUCCUGCGGCCAUUUUGCACCUGGGAGACCGUGCCUCUGAGCUGGACAUGGAGGAGUUGGACCAGGACACAGCCGGCCCAUCAUCCACUCUGGACACCGGGGUCGGCACAGACCAUGAUGACUCAGAGAUCCGACCUCGCCCGGAAUACCGCUGGGAAGCUCUUUUGCAUGAUCAGUACAACGUUGGGAAGCCGCAUCACCAUCGUUUCCUUUCAAAGCUCAAGGCAUGGCUGGGUGUCAGUCCACUCUGGAGGACCGGGGCUCAAUCCAGCGGCGUGGCUAUCGAUGUCAAGUUGGACAACGGUCGCUACGUUUUGUUGAACACGUAAUACAAAUAUGUAUGCACUUGGGUCACGUGGUGUAUCAUCAUUUUGCGCGAUGCCUCGAUUCGCGUUCAAGAAAAAUAAGAUCCCUCAGCCAGACAGCCCAGAGGAAUCCGAAGACGAGUCCGUUGACCAUUCGAUAGUAGAUGGAAGAAGUGAUUCAGAUCAUUCUGAGGAGGGAGAAGCUGAGGAUGAUGAGGAUGAGGACGAGGACGAGGACGCAGACGCUCCGAGAGUCGUUCAAUGGGUCGACGAUGAUGAUGAGUUUGACGCCGAUGCCGCCUCUUCGAGGGAGGAGGAGGAGGAGGACAGUGAUGCACAAAGCGGACCGGUUGCUGGGCCUUCAAAGUUGAGUGCUCUUCAAGAUGACCUUUCCAGUCUCCCACUCGGCGCGCUGCUCAGCGCCCAGCGCGCACUAAAGCAAGCACAGGCAAUCGACUCGGAUUCAGAGGACAGCGACUCGGGGCCGGAGGAGCAGACGCCGAAACUUUCCAACAAGGGCAAGGAGAAGGAGAAGGCAAAACCGGAAUGGAGCACGAAACCCCGCACCGACAUCGCGAAGCGUUCCAGCAAGCAUGCCCCGAUCGAAGUCACCUCCAAACGGCCUGUGACGCGAAAACGCACGGUCGUCGAAGUCAAGACGCAGGAAGCCCGGGACCCGAGAUUCCUCGCCCUCGCCGGGGAGUUCUCCGCCGAAAAGUUCCACAAGAACUACGGCUUCCUCGCCAACACGCAUAAAUCCGAACUGGCCACGCUCCGGGAGAAUCUCAAAGCCGCACGUAAGCUGUUGGCCAACUCGCCCCGGGAUCUGCGUGCGGCGCGCGAGGCGGAGGUAGCGCGUCUGGAAAAGGCUGUCAAGCGAACGGAGAGCGUCGUUAAUCACGAUCGAAGAGUAGAGAUUGAUCAGCAGGCCCUCGCUAAAUUGAAGGACGCCGAGACAGCGAAACGGAAAGAGGGGAAACAGAGUUGGUGGAUGAAGGAUGCGGAGAAAAAACAGCUCUUGGCCAAAGCGAGAUAUGAUGCUCUGGCUGAGAGGGGUGGGAACCGUGCCGUGAAGAAAGCCAUCGAGAAGAAACAAAAGAAGAUCGCCCAAAAAGAGAAAAAGUCGCGUCCGUUCAGCAAGGACGGAGGGUUGAAACGCAAGACAUAUGAUAGAGACGACGGCCCGCCGAGAAAGAAGCCUCGGGCUUGAACGCGCACUUAGUACCUAUCAGCCGACGACAGCUUGAAUGCACAGAUGUUCCUGUCAUUCCAUGUUACUGCGUCGAAGCUUGGAUCAUUACUGGCCCUUGGAGGGUGAUAUCAUGUACUGGAAGGCAAUAGUGAAUCUAAAAGAAUGACAGGAGGAACGAAGGGAGCUUGAACUGGACGCCUGAUGCAUUGAGGAAACAGUCUGAGAUAGACCCGUGAGAAUGCAAGUGGAGGCAGGUGGGAAAGAGACUGACUAUCGAAGGAACAUCGAGCGUAUUGGUGAGUGCGCCUGUUGUGCGCUCAGCCAUCACCGGCGAGCGGAGAACUUGUCCCUGGCGAGCCAAUCUCUGCUUGCGGUGUCGGAUCCAGAACGAGACACCGGCAACGAGCAAUAACGCGGCGACACCACCCAGAACACCGCCACCGACGGCAUUUGCAUGCCUUUGCAUCGCAUUUGCCGAAUUUUCUAGCGCGGCUGAUGUAGGUGUAGGCGAUGCAGACGUCCCAGUCCCAAGUGUGCUACUCGGUAAAGGAAUCAUCGUGGAUUCAGUCAGAUCUGGGGACGG